AUGGGGCGCUUGACCAAUCCGAACUGUAGUCCCCGCCGCAUCUCCCCGUCGCAUCUCCUCUCGUCGCAUCUCCCCGUCGCAUCUUCCCGUCGCAUCUCCCCGUCGCAUCUCCCCGUCGCAUCUCCUCCCCGUCGCAUAUCCUCCCGUCGCAUCUCCUCCCCGUCGCAUCCUCGGCCCUGUCAUAUCUCCUCUCGUCGCAUCUCCCUGUCGCAUCUCCUCCCGUCGCAUCUCCUCCCGUCGCAUCUCCUCCCCGUCGCAUCUCCUCCCCGCCGCAUCUCCUCCCCGUCGCAUCCUCGGCCCCGUCGCAUAUCCUCUCGUCGCAUCUCCCCGUCGCAUCUCCUCCCGUCGCAUCUCCCCGUUGCAUCUCCCAUCGCAUCUCCCCGUCGCAUCUCCUCCCGUCGCAUCUCCUCGUCGCAUCUCCCCGUCGCAUCUCCUCCCGUCGCAUCUCCUCCCGUCGCAUCUCCUCCCAUCGCAUCACCCGUCGCAUCUCAGUCCCGUCGCAUCUCGCAUAUCCUCGUCGCGUCUCCUCCCCGUCGCAGCCCGUCGCAUCUCGCAGCUCCUCCUCGUCGCAACUCCUCCUCGUCGUCUCCCCAUCAUCUCUCCUCUCUGUCAAAUAUCCCCUCUCGAUUCCCUCCUCAUUCCUCCUCCAUCCCUUUCCCCCCUCCUCCUUCCCCCCAUCCUCCUUCCCACCUCCCUUCGUCCGCUUCACCACUAAUCCCUUCCUCCCCUUCUCUCUACCUCCCUUCCACCAGCGCUCCCUUCAUCCCUUGCUCCCUCCAACCAUUCUCCCAUGCGCCCCUCUAUCGCUUCCCGACCUCUCUGCCACCUUCGUCCUUUUCCCCUAUCCUCCCGCCCUCCCAUCCUUCCUUCUUCCCCUCCUCCUAUUCGCCCUUGGACUUCUCUUCCCUUGCUCGCUCCCCUACUUUUCCUCUCUUCUUCUGCCAUCUCUAA